AUGCAUUCGAGUCAUCUCCUUCUCGAGGAACCGAUCAGGAUGACUUCAAUCCUGGAGCCUUCCAAAUCAAGCUUCUUCCCCGCUCUGACUAAGAUUGUUGGGACUCUGGGUCCCAAAUCUCGAUCCGUAGAGGUGAUCUCCGGUUGCCUCAAAGCUGGAAUGUCUGUGGCUCGAUUCGAUUUCUCUUGGUGUGAUGCGGAUUAUCACCAGGAGACGCUGGAGAAUCUGAAAACAGCUGUGAAGAGCACUAAGAAGCUUUGUGCUGUUAUGCUGGACACUGUGGGACCUGAGCUGCAAGUGAUUAACAAGACUGAGAAAGCUAUCUCUCUUAAAGCCGAUGGUCUUGUAACUUUGACUCCCAGUCAAGAUCAAGAAGCCUCCUCUGAAGUCCUUCCCAUUAACUUCGAUGGGCUAGCAAAGUCUGUUAAGAAAGGAGACACUAUCUUUGUUGGGCAAUACCUAUUCACUGGCAGUGAAACAACUUCAGUUUGGCUUGAGGUUGAUGAAGUUAAAGGAGAUGAUGUUAUUUGUGUGUCAAGGAAUGCUGCUACUCUGGGCGGUCCACUGUUCACGUUGCAUGUCUCUCAAGUUCACAUUGAUAUGCCAACCCUUACUGAGAAUGAUAAGAAGGUUAUAAGCACAUGGGGAGUUGAGAAUAAGAUUGAUUUCCUCUCCUUAUCAUAUUGCCGACAUGCAGAAGAUGUUCGCCAUGCCCGUGAGUUACUUAACAGUUUGGGUGCUCUCUCUCAAACACAAAUAUUUGCAAAGAUUGAGAAUGAAGAGGGACUGAACCACUUCGAUGAAAUUCUACAAGAAGCUGACGGCAUUAUUCUUUCUCGUGGAAAUUUGGGUAUCGAUCUACCUCCGGAAAAGGUGUUUUUGUUCCAAAAGGCUGCUCUUUACAAGUGUAACAUGGCUGGAAAGCCAGCUGUACUCACUCGUGUUGUAGACAGUAUGACAGACAAUCUGCGGCCAACUCGUGCAGAGGCAACUGAUGUUGCCAAUGCUGUUCUAGAUGGAAGUGAUGCAAUUCUUCUUGGUGCUGAGACCCUUCGUGGAUUGUACCCUGUCGAAACAAUAUCAACUGUUGGUAGAAUCUGUGCUGAGGCAGAGAAGGUUUUCAACCAAGAUUUGUUCUUCAAGAAGACUGUCAAGUAUGUUGGAGAACCAAUGAGUCACUUGGAGUCUAUAGCUUCUUCUGCUGUACGGGCAGCCAUCAAGGUCAAGGCAUCCGUAAUUAUAUGCUUCACUUCGUCGGGAAGAGCAGCAAGGUUGAUUGCUAAAUACCGGCCAACUAUGCCUGUUCUCUCUGUUGUCAUUCCACGGCUCGCUACAAAUCAGCUCAAAUGGAGCUUUAGCGGAGCCUUUGAGGCAAGGCAGUCACUUAUUGUGAGAGGUCUCUUCCCCAUGCUCGCUGACCCUCGUCACCCUGCGGAAUCAACAAACGCAACAAAUGAGUCAGUUCUGAAAGUGGCUCUAGACCAUGGGAAGCAAGCCGGAGUGAUCAAGUCACAUGACAGAGUUGUGGUCUGCCAGAAAGUUGGCGAUGCUGCUGUGGUCAAAAUCAUCGAGCUCGAGGAUUAG